GAUAACAUGACCAGCGAACCAUGUCAUUCGGCACUUGCCGACCUUCAGUACGAGUUGUCGGAGUUUCAAAUACAACCAUACAUCCUCGAUCACUAGUUGCUGUUGUUAAUCAAAGCCCAAGGAUCCCUUUAUUGUCGAUAACGUGCAGCUUGGAUUGUGGAAAGUCCACAUCAAUGUGCUGUGACCAUGGUAGUCAAAGCCACCAUAUAUCUCGAGUAUAAAACCAGGUCUCAUCAUGGUGACCAUCCUUGCGAUCUGUCUCAAUAACCAUCUCUCCCUUGUCAUUUGCAAGCCAUGGCUGCCAUGCUUCCCCCAUUUUCCGUCCCAGUCUAUGAACCACUUCCCUACGCUCUUUCAGGUCUCACUUUCUUGGAUUUGCCGAUACGCACCCAACUGUACUUGACAGACGCAAAACUAGUGCCCCCCCACACGCGCGGCGUAAACUCUAUUGAGGAUGAGCGCUCAAGGAUAUCCAUAGCUCUCUUCAGAUGCCUCACAGGGACUGAUAUAGCCCUGGUGAACAUGCGGCAUGAGGCUGUCGCAAUGGCCCGCUAUCUCGCAGAAGACACCUCUCCUCGUGCACACUGGCACGCAGAAGCGCAAGAAACGCGCCUCAAAGAAGUCUUGGGGGUCUUGCUACCAGAGCGAAAGCUCCAUUUUAAGGAAUACAUGAUCAAGUUUGACGCGCUCGUCUGGCUAGAUCAACAAGGACGCGAGAAUUACACGCUCGAGGAUUGGCAAAGGCACAGGGACGCGCUGCUGAAACCUAUCCUUGACCAUACAAGCCAUGCGCUUGUUGCACUGGACGAGUCCGUGACGAGGCGGACUGCGGCUAAUGGAUACGCAAAUUGACAAUUCAUUGUUCACCCAAGCACAUUCAUCCACUCAUCAUUCCGUUCAUCCUGUACAAAGACAAACCGCCCACACCAGCACUUCCACAACACGUGAUCACGAUUCGGCAGAGAAGUGGCCCAAGAGUCGGAGGUUAAGCUGACAUUCUCACAGCGCCCACAAAUUGACAAUUCAUUAUAAAGAAAGCACAUUCAUUAACGGUGUUACAUACAUACUCCUUGUUAACUACCUAGGACGACUGUACAGCAUUGCAAUCGUUAUCUCCAAUGGUGUGGAGUAUUACGCUGUG